CUCUUUGACCCAUUCACUCUUUCUCUCUCUACACAGAGGCCAACGCCAAAAUCCAAUGAAAGAAGAAACAUGGAAACUCCACGCAUCCUCACAUCAAAAACCAAGUAGUCCACACACCACACCAUACCCUUCUUUCUCUCUCAUCAAUGUCCCAGCUAGACCAAAAAUUAUGUAGAAGAAAAGCCCAAAAAAGAAAAAAAGAAUUGGAAACCCAAAAGAAAAAAAGAAAGAGAAGUUAGCUAGAUGGCUUCAAACUUCCUCCAACUAUCCCCACCUUACAACCCCUUUCUCUUUCUCAAUCAUAAAAUUAUGUUCCCUGAAUUACCCUUCUGCAAGACCCCAAAAAAUCCAAUCUUCUUCAAUUCUCUCUUUAAAAAGAACAAAUUUUUUUCCCACCGAGUUAUUUGGGGCUUCUUUUUGGGCUUCUUUGUCUUGGUCAGAUUUUCACAGAGAAAACAGCAAAGCCAGAACCUUCUAUUACCUUCCCUAUUUGCUCAUCUCUCUCUCUCUCUCUUAUUUUAUUCAUCCCUCGUUCUCUUGCCUCUUUUCCUCUCUGCCUUCUCUUACAUCUUCUUGUUCCAUCAUCUUACCCACCUUCUUCUUUAUCUGUUUUCACCUUUAGUUGUUGUUCUUCUUGGUUCUUUGUUUGUGGGUUGUUCUGUUAUUUGGUGAUCUGAUGAAGAAGAUGAAAGGGGUUGUUUCUAUGGAGUCUCUGCCUUUUCCUGUGUAUGAGGAUCAGAGAACCAGGUUGAGGCAUCAGAGUCUCUUGCAGGACUAUGAAGACUUGCAGAAGGAAACAAAUGCAAUGAGAAUGAGAUUGCAGGCUGCAAAGCAGAAAAAGUUGUUGCUGUCAGCAGAAGUUCGAUUUUUGAGGCAACGUUAUAGAUACUUGAUAAAAAAUCCUUCUCCAAAGCCUCAGCCAAAGCAAGACAUUUCACAGCCGCGAAAGCUUAACAUCCAAGCCGCCAUUAUCUCAAAGGGCCGUAAACACAACAGAAAGGAAUCUACUUUGCGGCCCCCCAUUGCUUAUCAUUUGAAUUCAAAUGAAAGGAUUUCCAAUGGGGUUGAGAUCGCAUUGCAGAAAACAGCUCAUAUGUUUGAUUUGAAUCAGAAUGCUAGGAGUGGUGUUGGUAAAAAAGAUCCUUCUUUUCUCAGUCCUGCUCCAGGACAUGACUUGAAUCACAAAGAUAGGAUUCACAGUGGGAAAGAAGCGACAAUGAAGAAGAUAACUCCAUUUUUUGACUUGAACCAGAUUUCGAGAGAAGAGGAGGAAUUACUGGGUGAUAUUGAGCCCAUGAGGAUUGAAGAGCCAAAGAGAAUAAUUACUCAAAGAGUUGUGAAUGAAGAGCAACACAACGACAUUAAGUUGUCAGUUUGUAGAAACGUUGGGAAUGGAUCAAAUAGGACAGUGAAGAGGAAGAUCUCAUGGCAAGACCAGGUGGCAUUGAGGGUUUGAACGUUGAACUAGUACAGUAGGACAAAUUCCUGCUCUUUUGGAACGUGUAUUUUCCCUUGAUAAUAUGUAGCAGAUUUUUUACAUCCACUAAACCAUUCUGCUUUUGUUUUCUUUUGUAAAGAUAUAGCAGUAUAUGCUCAAUAUAUGGAGUUGGAUGAAAUGGGGAAAUUUU